CUACACCAUCACCGUCAAGUUAGGCUGAAUGUUCGUUAGCCCUUGAACUCAGACGACCAACAACGAGCCCAUAGUCCAACGGCACCGUUGUCGCGACCGACAAUGUCAGGAUAUGAUCGUUUCCAUACAGUCACUUGUUCAACGUCACUAGUGGAAGUGUACGAUGUUGCAUUUAGCGCUAAGGAGAAUAUAUACCAAGAACAAGAAUGGCUACAUCCAGUGUGAAUUCACAGGAUAGCGUCCGCCUUGCCCUUAACUAAAUUUCAUCCAGUACUUCUCAGUUGACCUUUCAUCGCUUACGAAGCUGAUCGAAAAUAUGGAGAACGACGAUGUGAGGACGGAAGACUUGCCAGACGAUUUGACGCCCUUUAUCACUCGAACAGCUCUGGAUCACAUUGGUGGAGGUGCAUUUGGCGAUGUCUGGAAAUGCAAUUGCAAUCAUGAUGCAAACGGUAUUUCUGCUUUCGUUGCGGUCAAGGCCUUCAGACUUCCAGAACGUUAUGACUUAGAGACACUCAACAGGAAAAUCAGCCGAGAAAUAGGCAUAUUGAGGAUUCUACGCCAUAACAACAUCGUACCCUUGUGGGGUAUAGCGACAGGAUUUGGACGAAUAUCGGAGUUGCGCUGCUUGGUAUCUCCGUGGAUGCCAAAUGGCACAUUGAAUGUAUACCUUGUAUCUAAUCACAACGAGCUAUCACCUCUGGACCGUUCGCGUAUGCUGGAGGAUGUCAGUGCUGGACUUCGUUACUUGCACUCGAUUUCUAUCAUGCACGGGGAUAUAACAAGGGCAAAUAUAUUGAUCGACAAAGGAGGCCAUGCGAGGUUAAUCGACUUUGGUCUUUCCACCAUCACACAACCCCUUAUCGACCAGUCCCAUUUGGCCGCGACAUCCAUAUGUCCAGGCGCAAUCCGCUAUGCAGCACCAGAACUCGUUCUACCAGACAAUACCCGCGAGAUACCAGUGCCUCUCGAAAAAGCUGAUAUAUACUCUUUUGGUUGUAUAAUGCUUCAAAUUCUCUCGGGUCGGCGUCCUUGGUCUGAGAUCCCGUCAGAAGCGUUCAUCAUCGUUAGCAUCUCGCAAGGCUGUGGACCGCAACGUCCUGAUGGUCAACCUACCAUAAUAAACUCUGAUUGGAAAUUCAUUCAAAAAUGUUUGCAAUCCGGACCCGAACUUCGACCUUCAGCAGAUGAAGUGCUCGACUUUGUCAUGCAUAGGUUUUCCUCUCCAGACCCUUGUCACGGCAGUGGACCACCUGACGAUCCUUCCGAUGAUGGACCGGAUAAUGACCCCGGAGCUUCCCCACAUGGUGGUUCUAAUGAGUCAGAUACGGUAGAACAACCACCCGGCAGUCCACCUGGUCGCGAAUCAAAACCUUCAAUUUUGUUAAAGCCUCGAAUUUCUUACCGUCACAGUGGUUCAGCUACUACGCACUCCGGAACAGCACCCAACAAUCCCGAUGAUGCGCCGGAUGAUGACCCCAGAUCUUCCCCAUAUGAUGGUUCCAAUGAGUCAGAUACGGCAGAACAACUACCCGACAGUCCACCACUCCACCCUGGUCGUGAACCAAAUCCUUCAAUUUUGUUAGAGACUUGAAUUCAGGGAUCUUACCGUAGUUCAUCUAGUACACAUCCCCGAGUAGCGCUCAACAAUCAACUUCAAUGAAGGUUUGGCCCAAGCGCA